GAAUGGAAACCCACAUGGAGCACCAGAGCUGCUGAAGAAGCAGAUGAUGUGGCAGCCAUACCAUGCUCAGGACAUGGAAGAGCCUACUUAGAUGGUUUGAUUCUCAAUGGACAUGACCCUGUUUGUGAAUGCAAUCCAUGCUAUGGUGGCUCUGAUUGCUCCAAGUUUUUAUCUGAUUGUGCUGCCGAUGCUGGAGGUGGGGAUCUAUAUUUUUUGGAACCAUUUUGGAUGCAACAUGCCGCAAGUAGUGCAGUUUUAGUGUCAGGGUGGCACAGAAUGGGUUACACCUAUAGUGAUGGAUCAUACAUCUCACAACUUUUGGUGAAGCACAUCCAAAAAGUUCAUGAAAUUGUUGGAAAUGCAGUCACUGAUGGAAGGUACAUCAUAUUUGGAGGUGGCUCAACCCAACUCCUUAAUGCUGCUGUUUAUGCCUUGUCUCCUAACUCUUCAGCAUCUCCAACAAAAGUGGUAGCCACAGCCCCAUAUUUCCCAAGCUACAGAACACAAACAGAGCUUUUUAAUUCAAGGGAUUAUAGAUUUGAAGGGGACACAUCUUUGUGGAAGAACAUCUCAGAUCAAACCACAAGAUUUAUUGAGUUUGUGACUUCACCAAACAAUCCAGAUGGAAAGUUGACUAAGGGAGUUCUUCAUGGCCCAAAUGUUAAAACCAUUUAUGAUCGUGCCUAUUAUUGGCCACAUUUCACUGCUAUUCCUUCACCAGCUCAUGAAGAUCUCAUGGUGUUUACAAUUUCCAAAUUGACAGGCCAUGCUGGCAGUAGAUUCGGAUGGGCAAUAAUAAAGGAUGAGGCUGUAUAUCAAAAGAUGUUAACAUAUUUGCAAUUAAACACUAUUGGAGUUUCUCGUGAGGCUCAGCUACGGGCUUUAAAGCUUUUGGACGUGGUUCUCGAAGGAGAUGGAAAAGAAAUAUUCCAAUUUGCUUAUACAGCCAUGAGAGAUCGCUGGAUAAGGCUGAAACAAAUCAUAUCUAAGUCAAAACGUUUUUCUCUACAGAAACUAUCUCCCCAAUACUGCUCCUUUUUCAAGAGGAGUAGGGAUCCUUCACCAGCAUAUGCUUGGUUGAAGUGCGAGAGAAAAGAAGACAAUAAUUGCUAUGAAAUCCUAAAAGUUGCAGGAAUCAAUGGCAAUCAAGGCAGUGUCUAUAGUGCUGAUAAUCGUCACGUGCGUCUCAGCCUCACUAGGAGCCAAGAUGAUUUUGAGAUUCUAAUAAACAAGCUAAGAAAUCUUGUUUCUAAAGAGUAG